AAGACCUAAUGAGCUCCCCCGGGAGGCCGAGCAGCGAGCCGGCCCCGAACGAGGAAGCUACCCCGCGCGCACCGCGCCAGGGCGGCAGCCGGGCCUGGGCGGCGGGCGGGAAGCGGCCGGCGGCGCCCCGGCCGCCCCGGAGCGGAGGCGAUGGCAGUCCAGGCGGCGCUCCUCAGCACGCACCCCUUCGUCCCCUUCGGCUUCGGGGGCUCCCCGGACGGGCUGGGAGGCGCCUUCGGAGCCCUGGACAAGGGCUGCUGUUUCGAGGAUGAGGAGACCGGGACGCCGGCGGGCUCGCUGCUGGCGGGCGCCGAGAGCGGGGACGCGCGCGAGGCCACCCGCGACCUGCUCAGCUUCAUCGACUCCGCGUCUAGCAACAUCAAGCUGGCCCUGGACAAGCCCGGCAAAUCGAAGCGGAAGGUGAACCACCGCAAGUACCUGCAGAAGCAGAUCAAGCGCUGCAGCGGCCUCAUGGGCGCCGCGCCCCCGGGCCCGCCCUCCCCGGGCGCCGCCGACAUGCCUGCCAAGCGCCCGCUCGCCGGCGCCCAGACGGUCCCGGUCCCGGCCCACGGCAAGGCGGCUCCCCGGCGGGAGGCGUCGCAGGCCGCAGCUGCCGCCAGCCUGCAGAGCCGGAGCCUGGCCGCGCUCUUCGACUCGCUGCGCCACGUCCCCGGGGGCGCCGAUCCGGCCAGGGCUGCGGAGGCGGCGCCCGCGGCCGGGCUCGUGGGAGGGGACACGGCCUGCUCCGCGGGCGGCCCGGCGGUCCCUGGCUCCAGGAAGGUCCCGCUGCGGGCUCGCAACCUGCCGCCGUCCUUCUUCACCGAGCCGUCCCGGGCGGGCGGCGGCGGCGGCGGGUGCGGCCCGUCGGGGCCCGGCGUGAGCCUGGGUGACUUGGAGAAGGGCUCAGAGGCCGCCGAGUUCUUCGAGCUUCUGGGGCCCGACUACGGCGCGGGCACCGAGGCGGGUGCCCUACUUGCCGCGGAGCCUCUCGAUGUGUUCCCCGCCGGGGCCGCCGUCCUGCGGGGACCCCCGGAGCUGGAGCCCGGCCUCUUUGAGUCCCAGCCCGCGAUGGUGGGGAGCCUACUGUACCCCGAGCCCUGGAGCGCCCCGGGCGGCCCCGCGACCAAGAAGCCGCCCCUGCCCGCGCCCGGCGGUGGCUUGACCUUGAACGAGCCCUUGCGCUCCGUUUACCCCGCCGCCGCGGACUCUCCCGGAGGGGACGACGGGCCCGGCCUCUUGGCCUCGUUCGCUCCCUUCUUCUCAGACUGCGCUCUGCCCCCGGCGCCGCCGCCGCCGCCCCAACAGGUGUCCUACGACUACAGCGCGGGCUACAGCCGCACGGCGUUCCCCGGCCUUUGGAGACCCGACGGGGCUUGGGAAGGGGCGCCCGGCGAGGAGGGGGCGCCCCGGGACUGACUGCGCUGCAUCCUUCUUCCACAGCAGACACUGCGCUUGGGGCUCCCCGCUCUGGGUCUCUCCCGAGCCUUAAGAACGACCGUCAAAUGCACGUGGAGUUGAAACGGGAUUUUAAAAAUUCGAUUAAUAAAAGAAACUUCAGAAAAAGAGAUGAAAAGGAGUUGGGGGUUGUUUUAACCACAGCCUCAUGUUUAAAAAAAAAAAAAAGCUGGUGAUAGGUUCUUACCGAAUCAAUCGAGCCAAGAAACCAAGACGGGAUGGGGGAAUGGGGUGGGGAUGGCAGAAGGGGCAGGAGGUGGCUUCUGCAGCCCCCUUUCUCUUUGUCAACUUUUCAUCAAAAGGUUAGUGUGUUUAGUGUAAUAGCCCCUUCCCAACAGUGCUCUGGGCUCUCCCCUUCCCUCCCCUUUGAGCGCGUUGUGAAUUAAAGUCUGUAUUGAAAAGA